AUGGAGAAAAAGAGCUCAAACACCAAUGACAACAUUAUUGUUUUACUGAAACAAACAAAGUACAUGCAUCACCAAGUUUAAAGAUGUUAUCUUCAGAAAUUAAAUAUUACUGUAUUGUUUGAUAUAGGUUAUUAAUCACUUCAUAUAAAGAACAAUAUUGUUGAUAGGUUUUCAGGGGAAAAAAAAAAAAUCUUGAGGUACAAACUCUCAGUUUACCACCACUAAAGCUCUAAAACCAAAUGAAGUUUAAGUUUAGACUACCCUUUCAGAUUUCAGCUGAAGCUACAAGCUUGCUUGCCUUUUUACUAUUUUUCUACUGCCUAAUUCGACGAAUAAAGAAGACAAAUACUAGUAGAAAACCCCCCCAACCAUCUAAUUCAUGGCCUUUAAUUGGUCAUCUUCAUCUUCUGAGAGGACUUCCUCACAUAGCCUUGGGAAAUUUAGCAGAUAAAUACGGUCCACUCUUUAUGAUUAAGCUUGGUACCCGCCAAGCUUUGGUUGUAAGCACAGCAGAGAUGGCGAAAAAGUUCUUAGGUGGCAACAAUGACAAAGUAUUCUUAAACCGUCCCCAAAAAAUCUUUGUAGAGCAUUUGGCUUACAAAGGUGCUAUGUUGGGAUUCAGUCAAUAUGGCCAAUACUGGCGUGAGAUUCGUAAGAUUACUACUGCCGAGCUACUGUCCAACAGCCGGGUAGAGAUGUUUAAAAAUGUCAGGAUAUCUGAGGUAAGAUCAGCAAUGAAGAGUAUAUCAGUUGCUAUGUCUGAAUUAACGGAUAUGAAACAAUUGUUUACUGACAUAAGUAUGAAAACUAUAGUAAGACUAAUUUCGGGCAAGUCAUUGAAGGAAUGUUACCAAGGGGAAGAGUAUAAUACGAUUGUAAAAGCAUUCAGGGAUUUCUUUGAAUUAGCAGCUGCAUUCGUCCCUGCUGAUGUACUCCCCUUCCUGAAGUGGUUUGAUAUUGGAGGGUACGAGAAAAAAAUGAAGAAAGUUGCAAAAGAGAUCGAUAAUAUAGUUGGAAGGUGGUUGGAUGAACAUAAAAACCAAAGAAGCUCCGAAGAAGUACAAAGAAAGUUAGAUUUCAUGGAUGUGAUGCUUGGUGUUUUUGAGUCUGGACAGGAAAAGCCUUCCAAAUAUGAAAUAGAUACCAUCAUCAAAGCAACGUGCACGUCUAUGAUUUUAGCUGCAGCAGACACCACAACAAUAACCUUAACAUGGGCACUAUCGUUGCUACUCAAUAAUAAAGAGGCCUUGAAGAAGACUCGAGAUGAACUAGAGACGGUAGUGGGCAAAGAAAGGCAAGUAGAAGAAUCAGACCUCAAGGAUUUAGUCUACUUGCAAGCAGUUCUCAAAGAGACUAUGAGACUAUACCCUGUUGCUGUAGUCCCUCGAGAAGCUAUUUCAGAUUGCACUGUGAGUGGUUACGACAUUAAAGCUGGGACACAACUCUUGAUCAACCUUUACAAGAUACACAGAGAUCCUCAAGUGUGGGCAAACCCAAUGGAUUUUCGUCCUGAAAGGUUUCUCAUAACUAAUGACGACUAUGAUGUUAGAGGCCAAAGUUAUAAAUUUAUGCCUUUUGGAAGUGGAAGGAGGAUAUGUCCUGGUAUAUCGUUUGCCCUUCCGGUCAUGGAGUUUACACUAGCUAAUUUACUCCAUGGAUUUGACAUCUCAAUUCCUUCGGAAGAGACCGUCGACAUGACUGAGGGUUUUGGACUAACCAACCAUAAAGCUACACCACUUGAGGUUAUCCUCACCCAACGCUUUCCUUCCAACCUUUACUAAGGUUGUUGAUUAAUUUUCAUUUGCAUACCACUUUGUCUGUCCUGCACUAAUAUGUUAUGCUACCAGUAAUAAAAUGGACAGGAUUUUACUACAAUUUUAUGUUUUA